AUGUCGCAGGCGUCCUCCUCAACCGCUCGGACUCGGCGGUCAAGCGCAGAUCGGGUUGCCCUGCAACCUGGACCCCUUGUUGUUGUUGCUGCAGUGCCUCCGCCCACUACUGUCGAUCUGCAGGCGCCGCUUGAUGAUAUGACCGGGUUACCAUUGAUCAUGUGCCCGACUUGCAAGGAUGUGCGGGUGUUUGCUGCCACUACCACGAAGUCUCAGUAUAAUUUUGGAAAGAGGUUUUUCAAGUGCCCCCGGCAAGGCUAUGGAAAUGGGAGAUGUUCCAGGUAUUGGUUUGAGGAGGAAUAUAUGGUGUACCCUGAGGAUCAUGGUUAUCUACUUCCAGCUUCCUCGACCAUUGCAGCUGCUUCGACAACAGAAGUUCCCGAGCUGGUGGGAAAAAUAGAUAGGUUGGAGCAAAAUCUGAACGAGGUGAAGCAAAUGGUUGGCAAGAACAGGGAAGGCUUGGGAAGUUGCAUUUGUCUUGUGUGUGGAUGUGUGAAUGUAACAAUAUUCGUGGUGUUGGCCAUUGGCUUGGUUGUAGCUGUAUUGAAGUAAGCAAUUCUGAUGAUGUAUGGGCCUUUGUGUUGAAGCUGUAGU